AUGGACACCGAUGCGUCCCCUAAGCCCGCUGCGCCCGCACCCGCGCAGCGCGAGUUCAACAACACCGCGUCCGCGCCACACAGCCCGAUGAAGCGCGCUAGCGAGUCGCAAAUCGCAUCGCGCAGGAUCAUCGGUCGGCCCCAAGGCCCAUCAAGCAAACUAUCCCAGAGCAUAUCUGCAUCGGAUAUCGCGCACCGGCCGUCCAGCAUGGUAGUUAAGCGGAUGCCGGGCGACAACCCGAACAAACGACCGCCGGCCAUGUCGGCAUCGGUCAUGUCGCAUGCGCCGUCCAGCGUCGUCCCGAAAUCGACGAGUUUCUCUGGUGUCACGUCGACCCCUCGAAAUAUCUUCCGCUCCUCGGCGCUGUAUUCGCGGCCCAGCCUGCAAACCUUCUCCCCUCGGGUGCCCGCCGCGAGCACGCUGAACCAGAGUUUCCCCCCCAACACGCCCGGAAAACCGCCCCGUGGCUCGACGGCUGAUGUCAAUGGCCGCAUCCUUGCAAACACUACGUCCACCGAGUUGUUCAAGAUGAGGAUUCCGUCUCCGCCGCGCCAUCUCACUGGCGAGAUGCUCGCCAACGAGGUCCCCGAUGACCCGAACAGGUCCGGCUCAGUCUAUGCCGACGAAUUCCUCGCACACUACUGCCCGCCUGACCUGGAUGAGCACCAAAGGCGCCAGUUCUUUUGCAUUCUUGACCUGCGGCGGCUGAAAUAUGCUGCGGACGACGUGUUCACCAAGAAGGACUGGAAGAUCAACAUCCUCAACUUCGCCAAGGAAUACGAGAAGAGCCGCAGCUUGAUCAUGCUGCGGUACGGCCUGUACGAGUUCAAAACCGUUAGGGCGUCCGAGGCCGUCAAGAAGGAGUGGAAGCAGAAGCAUGGGAUUCCUGACUCGGAAGACGAGUCCGGAUCCCCUAGGGUGAACGGGACACCGAAGAGGAAGGCCGAGGAUCAGCUGACACCGAGCAGCAACACCCUCGCGACGUCAUCCCCUGGUUCCAACAAACGUGCCCGCGGUCAAGAUGCCUCGGUCAGGAACAAGCGCAAGGCCGACGCCGAGCCUGACGAGAACCACCCGGCCAAGCUUCAGAAACCGGCUGCCCCGUCGUCUGCUACCAAGUCCGUGUUCGAAAGCAUUGCCAACAAUGCUCAGUCGGCUUCCGCCACACCCGUGAAGUCCACCGGCAAGAGCCUGUUUGCCUCGAACACGGGUCCCCAACCCAAUGGCCCCCUUAGCACGUCCGUCUUCGGUGCGGCGCCCAAGCCUGUCGGCUCUACCAAUAUCUUUGGCCACCUCUCUGAUGGAAGCAAAGGUAGCGGUAAUGAAGGCGCCGACGAAGAGAGCGAGACAGGCUCCGAGGCGGAAGAAGAGGAGUCGGAGGUUCAGGACGUCAGCCAGAGCGACGAGCAAGCGGCGAGUGGUGGUGUAUCGACACCGCAGCUGUUCGAUACCAAGAAGCCUACUGCGAACGGCAUGUCGAGUGCGUCUUCGGAGGCCGGCGAGAGCACCCAGGGCCGCAGCAUCUUUGACCGCAUUACCAGGGGUAGCGACGGUCAGCCGGUCAGGAAGGUGUCUCCGAGUGACGGAGGCUUGUUUGCUCCGCCGCCUGAAAAGGAACGGUCCGCAAGCCCCGUCAAGGAACAGCCCGCUGCCGCGCCGGCCAACAACACUUGGAAUGCAGCUACGCCGAUCAAGUUCGCUUCUACUGCGACCCCCACCUUUGGGCUCAGUGCACAGCAACCUGCCGGCUCCUCGGCCGUUGACUUCGGGGCUGCUGCCGGCAAGAAAACAGCAGCCACCCCUUCCGCCGAGACCACCAAGGAAGCCGCUCCUCAGAACCUCUUUGGGUCUCAGACGAAGAAGACUGAUGGAGCUGCCCCCUCGGCUACAAUCGACGGGGCCACUCCGAACCUUUUCUCUUCCUUUGGGGCAAAGAGCGCAGAUAUCCCGGCUGCCGCAGUCCCAGCCUUUGGUGGUUUUAGCACGUCGACCAGCACAGGUCCUAAUAUGUUCGGCUCCGCCACCCCUGCAUUUGGCCAGAAGAAGGAGGGUGAGGAGGCUAAAGAUUACAAACCUGCUACCACCUUGUUCGGCGCUCAGCCAGCGGCCACCGCUCCCGAACCUGCCAAAACCAACAUGUUCCAAUCAUCGACCAUGUUUGGAAACCAGAACAAGACCGAAGCGGCACCGGCUACUCAACCUCAGUUUGGCGGCCUGUUCGGUAAGACCCAAUCAGCCGAGACUCAGGCCGGGAAGCCCGCUUCCACCAUCUUUGGUGCCAAUGCGAGCAAGCCGGCAAACAGCCUUUUUGGCUCGAGCACAGCUCCCGCCACCACCAGCAGCGAUGAACCCGUCGCAAAAAAGCCCGCGUUUGGGGGUACCGAGAAUAAACCGAGCAGCUCUCUGUUCGGUUCUGCCGCAUCUACCCCCGCACCCGAAUCCGCCGAGACGAAGAACUUGUUUGGUGCCAACACGUCAGCGGCCCCUGUCACGGAGACGAAGAGCAUCUUUGGUAACAUGGCGGCGGCACCCGCGACGCAGACUAAUAAUCUGUUCGGCACGACCACCCCUGCCUUGGCCCCGGCUCAGGACACAAAGCCUUUGUUUGGCAGCACCGCCGUCGAGUCGAAACCCAUUUUCGGCGCCACUGCCGGACCCGCCGCAUCGAAGCCGAUCUUCGGCGCCACUUCCGGAGCCGAAACGAAGCCCGCAGGCUUGUUUGCUAACGCGCCUGCGCCGACACCGGCAUCGUCCGCGCCCAUCUUCAGCUUCGGCUCCUCCCAGGCGCCCGCUGCACCGCAGCCCGCCGCGCCGCAAACGGACGGGUCCAUCUUUGGUGGCGCUGGGGGUACCUCGUUUACCUUUGGCGCUGGUGGCACUAACGAUACAAUCAAGAACCCAUUUUCAUCGGACGGCACCUUCUCGGCGCCUUCAUCCUUCAACUUUGGAAGCGACGCCCCGUCCACGUCCACCUCCUUCACUUUCGGUGCCGGCUCCGGUAAUACGCCCACUAUCAACUUUGGCGGAGCACCGGACAAUGGUGCUCAGCAAUCUGUCUCGUUCGGUGGGCCUUCGUCGGGACCGGCGUUUAGCUUCGGAGGCGCAUCCCAGCCGAGCAGCGCUCCCAUGUUCUCACAAAACCCCCCCUCAGCAACACCCAUCUUUGGCAAUAGCCUAGUUCCCGGCGGGGGGACCUCAACAGGUACUAAUUCCCCUUUUACGUUUGGCGGAGCCUCAAGUUUGGCAACCACGCCGGCGGCGACCACCCCUGAGCCGUCUGCCAAUGCUGAAGAUGGUCAAGGAACAAACGCUGACGGGGAUGACGCACCACAGGAGCAAAUCUCGCUAACCGACGGCGGCCCGGGCGAGGAGUGCGAGGCCGUCGUCCAUGAAGUGCGCGCCAAAGCAGUCAAACUCGUCACGGGCUCCGAUUCGGACGACGAAUCCGGCGCCAGCGGCGACAAAGCGAAGAAGCCCACGUGGAAGACGCAAGGGGUCGGACCCCUGCGCCUCCUCAAGGACAAGUCUACCGGUGCGGUGCGGAUAUUGCUGCGCGCUGAACCACGCGGGCAUGUCGCGCUCAACAAGCUGGUGCUGCCAGAAUUCACCUACAAGGCGGACACCAAAACCGUCAAGCUGACGACGGCGACGGACGAUGGCAAGGGAUUAGAGACGUGGGUGCUCCAGUUCAAGACACCUGCGUUCGCGCAGGCUCUUGCGGAGGCUUUGGAGGAGCAUAAGGUGGCAAAUAAGAAGUAA